AUGGCAUCCUCCCAGCCGUCUUCCAUGUUCGGAAAGGACAUCGAGUCCGACUCAGCGACCGACAACAGCCAUGUCAAGACGGAGAUUGUGGCAGAGGAACCACCAAAGCCCGCAGGACCCCCUCCGCCACCCAAUGGAGGCACGAAAGCAUGGCUCCAAGUCCUCGGGGCCUUUUUCCUGAACUUCAACACUUGGGGUCUCUUGAACACUUUCGGCACAUUUCAGUCGGAGUACAGUACCGGCUUGCUGAAGGACUCGUCACAGUCCUCAAUUGCUUGGAUUGGAUCGCUGCAGGCGUUUCUGAUGCUGGUGAUCGGAGUUCUGUGUGGACGCGCUCUUGAUGCUGGGUAUUUCUAUGGGGAUAUCACCAUGGGUGUCUUUUUGGAGGUUUUCGGCAUGAUGAUGACCUCGAUUUGCAAGAACUACUGGCAGCUUAUCCUGGCCCAGGGCUUGUGUGUGGGCAUUGGCGCCGGAAUGUCAUUCAUCCCCAGCGUUGCCAUCGUGGGCACGUAUUUCUCGACGCGACGAUCUACUGCGCUGGGUCUGGCCGCCACCGGCUCAAGUGUCGGGGGCAUUAUUUACCCUGUCGUGCUGAGACGUUUAAUCGACCAGAUCGGGCUACCCUGGGCAGUCCGAGUCAUGGCUUUCAUCAUGUUGGCAACGCUUCUCAUCUCAGUCGCUGUUAUGAAGCCUCGCCUUCCACCUCGCAAGUCAGGCCCGCUGAUCAACGUCGAGGCGCUCCGGGACCCCGUCUUCGCUAUUUGGCUCUGCGCUGCAUUCUUCAUCUUCAUCGGUCUCUAUAUCCCAUUCUUUUACAUCGAGCAGUACGCUCUCAACCUUGGCAUGUCGCGCGACUUGGCUUUCUAUACCCUGAUCAUUAUGAACGCAGGCUCGGUCCCUGGCCGUGUCUUGCCGUCCAUCAUCGCUGACAAGAUCGGUAACUUGUCGGUCAUGAUCCCGUCCGUUCUACUCACCGGCAUCUUGAUGCUUGCAUGGAUUAGCGUGGAAUCUCAGUCCGGUCUGAUCGCCAUUGCGGUCUUCGUCGGCUUGACGAGUGGCUCUAUCCAGGCUGUGCUUCCUGCGACAGUUGCCUUCCUUUGUCCUGAUCUGUCUAAGCUGGGCACCAACAUUGGCAUGACGCUCUUUACGUCGGGUCUGGGAUUGUUGAUCGGUAGCCCCGUGGCGGGUGCGAUUCUGGACCACCAGCGAACGUCCGAGGGAGAUGUCUUCUGGGGAACUUUGACUUUCUCUGGGAUCUUCAUUCUGGCGGGAGGUGUGUGCCUGACAAUUGCUCGCGUGGUUAAGGUGGGAUUCGCUUUGAAGAAGGCUUGA